AUGUUGCGUGAAUUCAUCCCUGAUGAACUAAUCACAGAAGUUCUAUCAUUCCUUCCGGUAAAAUCUCUGAUGCGACUAAAGUGCUUGAACAAAUCAUGGAAAACCCUAAUCUCCGAUCCGGCGUUCAUCAAACUACACCUUAAGCGAUCGGCAAGAAACAAGCACCUAGCACUCUUCUCACGCAUACAGCAAACUAGCUAUAAUUUCAGGGUGGCACCUUUUCGCCUGCAUUGUUUAUUGGAGAACACAUCUGGCACCAUCACGGUCCCUUACUUCCCAAUUAACAAAGACCGUGUAUCCCUCAAUGUUGUUGGUUCCUGCAAUGGAUUGUUCUGCUUAGUUGGUUAUUACCACACCCCUACAUACAUUAAUUAUAAGAAGAUCUUGUUUUAUUUAUGGAACCCGGCAACGAGGACAUUAUCUAACAAAAUAAAGUUUUAUUGCGAGAACUGUUUUAAGUGGAGGGUUGCGUUUGGUUAUGAUAAUUCAACAGAGACUUAUAAGAUUGUGGUUUUUAAUCCAGAGAGUUACGAGGUGAGUGUUUUUAAUUUUGGAGGUAAUAAUAUUUGGAAAAAUAUUCAAAGUUUUCCGGUGGUUCUUCUUCCUCUUGACCGUGUCCUUGCAUCUCAUGGUUACCGGGAUGUGUAUGCACAUGUUAAUGACAGUCUUAAUUGGUUGGUCAUUCGAGAGGAGUCCCAAUUUGUGAUCAUCUCACUUGAUUUGAGUUCAGAGACAUAUCGUCAGUUGCUUCCCCCUCAAGGUUUUGAUAAAGUGUCACUUGUUCUGCCGACUCUUGCUAUGCUGAUGGACUCCCUUUGUUUUUGUCAUGAUUUUAAUGGAACAAAUUUUAUUAUAUGGCAGAUGAAGGAAUUUGGAGUGCAAGAGUCCUGGAUUCAGUUCCUUAAAAUUAGUUAUCAGGAUCUUCCAAUUGUUUAUAAUGUAUGUUCUCGAUUACCAUUGUUCCCAUUAUGUCUUUCUGAGAAUGGUGAUACAUUAGUAUUGGCAUGGGAUAGAGGUAAGCAAGCAAUUCUCUAUAAUACAGCAGAAAAAACUGGAUAUACCGAUAAUUGUAAAUGGUAUGGUUCCAAGGAAUAUGUUGAAAGUUUGGUUUCAACUUGUUGA